AUGCAACUUAAUAAUACUAAAUAUACAAAAAUAAAAAUUGAUGAAGUAACUACUACUUGGGUUAAUAAUUAUAAAGAAAAGUUACAUAAUGAAGAAUUAACCAAGUUUAAUAAUGUCAUUAAAUAUAUUAGAAAUAUUCAUCCUAAUAGUAACAGUCAUAUUAUUCAAAGACCUUUUAUUGAAGUUAUUAUCUAUGCUGCACAUAUUAUUGAUAAACUAGACCUAUUAAAUGACACUGUAUUAGCUACUUUAUGUAUUUACUCCUAUAAAUAUGAUAAAAAUUGGAAAGAAAAUAUUAAAGACAUAGCCGGAUCUAGUGUUUUAAACAUAAUAGAAGGAUUUAAUCAAUUACAAUCUAUAUACAGAUCUAUAACUAUUCAGAAUACUAACAAAACUAACAAACAGGAAUUAAAGCAAGAAAUAGAAACUAUUAGAAAAAUGAUAUUAGCUGUAGUUGAUGACUUUAGGGUAGUUUUAAUAAUAUUAGCAUUAAGAACCUCAACAUUACUAUUUUUUAAUUUAUCAUCUACAUCUUUUUUUAAGAAAAGAAUUGCAAAAGAAACCUUAUAUAUUUUUGCUCCUCUUGCUAAUAGAUUAGGUAUUUGGCAGUUACAAUGGCAAUUAGAAGAUUUAGCUUUAAAACAUUACAAACCUGAAGCAUAUAUAAAGAUAUCGAAACAGAUGAAUGAAGAUAGAACAAAAAUAUUAGAGUAUAUUCAAAAUUUUAAUAAUAUUUUACGUAACGAAUUAGAAAAAAAAUAUGUCAAAUUAGAAAUAGCGGGAAGACCAAAACAUAUUUAUUCUGUCUAUAAAAAAAUGCGAAAGAAAAAACUAUCUUUUUAUGAUUUGUACGAUAUUAGAGCCGUAAGAAUAAUAGUCAGUACUAUUAGCGAUUGUUACAAAAUAUUAGGUAUAGUCCAUAGAUUAUGGGAACCCAUUGCUAAUGAAUUUGAAGAUUAUAUAUCCCACCCUAAACCAAAUAAUUACCGCAGUCUUCAUACAGUAGUUGUGGGCCCUGAGGAUAAAAGUGUAGAAAUUCAAAUCAGAACUUUUGAAAUGCAUAAAUUUGCGGAAUAUGGUGUAGCUGCACACUGGAAAUAUAAAGAAGACGGAAAGUAUAAUGCAGACUACGACAGAAAAAUCGCUAAACUACGAUAUAUAUUACAAAAUAGAAAAAAAAGUGAACUCAUCGAUAAUAAUAACAUAUCUUCUAUUUUUAAAAAUGAGUUAUUUAAAGAUAAUAUCUAUACUUUAACCCCCCACGGAAAAAUUGUUUGUUUACCUUCCGGCUCUACCCCUGUAGAUUUUGCUUGUGCUUUAUAUAAUCUCACAGAAAACAGGUGUAGAACAGCAAAAAUAAAUGGACAAAUAGUUCCUUUAUCCACCAAAUUAGAAAGUGGUCAAAGGAUAGAAAUUUGUACAACAAAGGACGAUAAUCUUUCAAUUAAAUGUUGCAUUAAUGUCAUGAAGCCAUUUAGAAAAUACGAAAAACAUUUUUGUUAA